AUCGUGACGUUGAUGACUUGGUUCAUCGCCCACUUCCAACCUCUCAGGAGAGUUACUAUUAUUCACAACAUAACCACCAAUCCGAUGCACUAUACUACAACCAUGGACAUCGGCCAUUUCAACAAUAUGGAUCCUCCCCUUACCAAGAACAAAGUUACCAGAAAGAGAACAAGUCAUUGUCACCUGUUCCUCCUGGCCAUGGUACAAACACAAAUUCAAUAACUUCCAAAGCUCACCAUGAUUCUAUUUUAAUAGAUUAUUGUUUAGAAUCUAAUAACAAU